CCACACCAUCCCAUCCGGUAGGGCCUACCGAAGGGCGCGACGCAUCUCUCGAGGCGGCGAGACGCCUCCUGGCUGGCGCUGGCCGGGUGUGCUAGGCGCUAUCCUUAGCGCAUCGGCAGGCAGGCGAGCCGACCCCCUGCCGCGCAAGCUCAUGUUGCGGCUCGACCAUCAAGUGGCGAGGUGAGGACACCGACGCCGCUCGAGGACAUCCGCCGGCCCUCGUGCCGCCCUCGAUGGUAGCUAUGGCCUCCUACUUCCCGCCCCUCGUCAUCGCCGGCUGCAGCGGCGCGGGAAAGGGGACGCUCAUCGCGAAGCUCAUGGCCUACGACGCCGCGUCCUUCGGCUUCUCCGUGAGCCACACGACGCGGUCGCCGCGGCCCGGCGAGGUCGACGGCGAGCACUACCACUUCAGCGACGUCGCCUCCGUGAAGCGCGACAUCGACGCGGGCCUCUUCAUCGAGUCCGCGAACGUCCACGGCAACUACUACGGCACGUCCAAAGCGGCCGUCGAGGCCGUGCAGGCCGCGGGCAAGAUCUGCAUCCUCGACAUCGACGUCCAGGGCGUGCAGCUCGUGAAGAAGUGCGGCAUGGACUGCAAGUACAUGUGGAUCGAGGCGCCGGACAUGGCGGCGCUCGAGGCGCGGCUCCGGGGCCGCGGCACGGAGACGGAGGAGAAGGUGCUCAAGCGCAUGGGCAACGCCGAGGUCGAGAUGGCCUUCGCCCACCCCCUCGACGGCCACGCCGAGAAGCCCUUCGACGCCUACGUCGUCAACGGCGACGUCGACGCCGCGCACGCGGAGAUGGUCGCCGUCCUCGAGGGCUGGUACCCCCACAUCGCCGCGCCGAAGCGCGCCAACCCCUGCGCCGUCGUCUCGGGCUUCUUCGGCAAGCUCUUCUCGCCGCGCUAGGGCGCGCCCGCGGCCUAAGAUGUGACGACCGGG